AUGUUUGGCCGCCGCGUCUUUGCCAGCGCUGGCGUGCCGCGCCACAUGUGGUCCUCCCUUCACAUUCAAAACAGGCGGCAGGCGCAACGUGUACUUCCGUCCCUUGCACCGCUGGCGUCGUUGGGGAAGAGUGGGGCGAUGUUGAAACCAUCUUUGUUGCCCACCACACUUGCACAGACCGGCGUCCUUGCGGAAGUGUUGCCCAGCGAGGAGGGUCUGCUGUCGCACUGUAUCUCCGGGAUGCCCUUCUUUAUGGCCGUGCUUUCCCAUACGCACAACUUUAUAUCGCCAUGUUUAGCUAGGAAGUUCUUUGCUCUGCCGUCAGUGCGUGGGGCACCGGACGAUGGGAGCGUCGCGGCAAGGAAGGCCUUGCAGGUGCUGGACGGGGAGGAAGGGGGUGGGGGGUGCUAA